UGUGGGGAUGCUGUUCAGUGGAUUGCUGUCAGACAGGUUGGCUCACAUGUGUGAUGAGACUAGACACCGUCAUUAGAACCAAAGAAGAGACAAAGAGGUGGAUGAAGAGGAGGGUGAAUGGGUAAAAGAUCAUAUAAGACAGAUAAAUAGAUAGGAGUGAAAGCAGAGGAAAAACAGACUCUAAUGCCAAACUGAAAGCUUGACACUGCUGGCUUUGCUUGAUGUAGAGGUGCUGGACGUUACAGAAUAAGUGAUGGAGUUCGGUGCUGCUGUGCUGCUGCUGCUGUACGUGAACGUGCUGGUUUGUGGGAGCGAUGCGAACAUAAACUGGAAUGAGCGUAAUUUGGUGCAGUUCAGAGAGAUGAUUAAGUGCGUUCUGCCGAAUAGCUCUCCGCUGGAAGACUUUGCGGAUUACGGCUGCUUCUGCGGAUUGGGAGGUCAGGGAACGCCGGUGGACCAACUGGACCAAUGCUGCUUUGUUCAUGAUAACUGCUACUCAAAGGCCUCAAAUCUCAGCUCCUGUGACUCCCUCCUGGACAGCCCCUACGUCAACACCUACAACUUCCGCUGUGACUCCUCCACCAACAACGUCACCUGCCUGAGCAGUAAUAAAGAGUGUGACAUGUUUAUCUGCGAGUGCGACCGAGUGGCCUCAGCGUGUUUUGGAGUUGCUCCCUACAACACAUCCAACAACCAUCUGUCCUCCAGCCUAUGUAAAUCAGCCUCCGGGGGGUCCAGCAGCUCCACACUGACCACUGUCUCUCUCGCACUGAUCCUAGUACUCAAGCUGACCAGCAUGGCCUACUGACCUCAGACCCCUAGGAAUCAUUAUGCACUGAAAUUGCACAUACAGUAGUUUGUUUGUAGGGGUAUGAUAAAUAAAGAUGCUGUUUUACAGUU